GGGGGGGAGGGCUUGGGAAUAGGAGCUUCUCCCCAUGAGUCGCGCGCUUGCGAGACGACAUGAGCACAACGAGACCGCUGGACACGCCGAUUCUGCUCGCCCGACAGAUGCAGCACGGCAUGGAGCACGAAGCGCAGCGCACUUGCUCGUUGUCCUCGUGCCAAUUUGUGCGCUGCCAGAGAGGGAGAGAGAGAGGCGCAGGCAGUGGCGGUAUUCUGCACUGACAGGCGGCGCGCACGCCUGCACCAUGUGCAUAGUACAGCAUGAGCCGCCCUUGCUGGCCCAGGGAUCCAUGGGCUGGUAAUUAGUCGUGAUGAUUUUUUUCCCAGCAAAGGAUGACGAUUCGGGC